AUGCACGCCGAGCAACGACCGUAUUCUUUUCAGUACGCCACUUGUCUUAUGAUUAUUCUGGCGACUGAGAUUGCUGCUGCAAUCUAUACUGCUAUGCACAGUCAUAUGUUUGAAAACGACUUCCGAGAGAUCCUCAGAGCUUCCUUACGGAUGUAUAAUGGCACUGAUAGUUCUGACAAAAGAAACGUUGACGGUAUGCUCGUGAAAGCGGCGUGGGACAAACUAAUGCAUGAGAAGUUUUGCUGCGGAGUGGAUUCAAAAGAAGGAGAAUUUAAUGAAUCUGGAUGGUUCCGUCUAACGAACGGGCGGCAUAUGUUUCCUCCAGCCUGCUGUCCCCAGGAGACGACUGGGAAAAUGAGGCCGGAUUGCCAACCGUACGCGCGGCACACUGAUGACGACACUACCCUAACUAACAAGCAGAUCACAGUUUUUGGGAGCAAGAUUCGCAGGGUUCCUACGAAGAAUUACGAGUAUAUGGCGCAUAUUGUUUGA